CUGUCAAAUAUGCUUAUACACGAAUUUUUACACCCGAUUGGACAGAAGAUCAAGUUGCUUUUGUUCGAGAAAAAAUAUUGCAUUACAAUUAUUCAAUAACUCUAGAAGAUUCUUUUAAUUUUUCACUUUGUUCACGGUGCAAUAAUGGGUUAUUAAGAUUGAAUUCAACUAAAAAAAAAUCAUCCAACAACUCUAAAUCAGUAAAGAAUAAAAUCGAUGCUUCUUCUGAAUUAUGCACAUCUAAAAAAAUCAAAUUAGAGCCAAAGAUAUAUGAUCUUACUUUGGAAAGUGAUGGUUUUCAAAAUUUAUUAGAUUCUUCCGAAUCUAAUGAUGACA